AUGAUUUUUAAGGUUUUGGGUGUCGUUUGCUGUGUUUUCGGCGUCGUUUCCGGUUCUUGCGUUGAAUUUGUCAGACCACAGAAAUGUUCAUCGUCUGUUGUCACGACGGUUCCAGUUACAAAAACGGUUUAUUCAAACGAACCUUGUUACUCUUCCUCCAGUUCGGAAGUCGUUUCCAACGGUCCUCAAUACGUUUCUGGUCCUUCUUCGGCGGAAAAUGUUUACCAACAUGUUGCUAACGCUCCACCCAUGCCAUUUCCAGUAGUUUCUGAAAAUUUUGUUAACGGUCCUGUAUAUAACGAAGAUGUUUUCUCCUCCGGAUCCACUUUCAGUCCUGCUCCUUCUGGAAAUGAAAAUUCUUAUCAGAACGUAAUCAUGGGAUCCGGAAGAUAUUUUGAUCCAGAAACCGAAUCAUUGCCUGUUGUUCAAGCUCCAUCUGUUACUCUUCCAACCGUCGAAUCUCCAAUGGUAACCGUUUCCGCUCCACCAGUUCCAAAUCCAAAAGUCCUUGCUUCACGUUGUGUUUGCACUAAAACCAUUAUCAGACCUCAAGUUAUUCAACGUGUCAUCACCAUUCCAAGAGUUCAACGUUACCUUAAGAGAACCGUCACUCCAGUCGUCGAAAAUAUCGUUUACAAAACCAGACCGGUUUCUCCAUCCGGUUCAUCAGGUUCGAAUUCCUUUUCGAAUUCUUUUUCGAAUUCUUUUGGAGGCCCUGUCUCGAGGAGUUAA